UGAUUCUUCUCUUAAUAUUUCAAAAAAAAAUCCUUUUUUCUACAAGCCUUUGGGGACCUCUCGUUUGAAACAGCCGCCACUUGUGACCCCCUUCAUCUUACCCACUCACGGAAAUGACAUUCCCACAUCUAUCAUCGCACGAAUACAAAGACAAAACCAAACCGCCUUUUCAGGGAAGCGAUGAAUCUAUCAAAUCUGGAGAAGAACAGAAACAGCCAUUUACUGGCGAAAGAGUCUGGGAUGGUUGUAAUAAUAUCGAGUUUGAUUCGAAAAACAAUGAAGGCGACAUUUCUGAAGAUGGCUAUACUCAACAACAGCGUGGUCUAUCUGUCUUGGAUCGUGUCCUGAGUCGCACUUCGGUUGUGUACAAUGACCCUGGACCUCCACCCGAUGGUGGAUUUUGGGCCUGGGCUUCAGCCAUUGCUGGGCAUAUAGUUAUGCUGAACUCAUGGGGAUAUAAUAGCUCAUUUGGCGUCUUCCAAACUUACUACACAACUCACCUCGAUAACCCAGCGAGCCAAAUCUCCUGGAUAGGAUCAGUCCAAAUAUCCGCACUAUUCUUCAUGGGAACCCUCUCCGGUCGUCUCACAGAUGCCGGUUAUUUCCGCAUCACAUUCGCUGCAGGCACACUACUUACCUGUCUCGGUGUCUUCAUGACUUCUCUCAGCACUACAUUCUGGCAACUCCUCCUAUCACAAGGUCUCUGCACAGGACUAGGUAAUGGUCUGAUGUUUACUCCCAGCCUUGCUGUUGUUUCUACAUACUUCAAGAGGAGAAGAGCGUUGGCUUUUGGAAUCACUGCUACAGGAAGUGCCACAGGAGGGUUGAUAUUUCCAUCUAUGGCUCGUCAGCUGCUUGGGAAGAUUGGUUUUCCUUGGACUGUUAGAGCUAUGGGGUUGGUGCAGCUGAUCACGUUGAUCAUGGCGAACUUACUCCUGAGACCUAGAAUACCACCGAGGCAGUCGGGUCCGUGGGUUGAUAUAGCGUCGUUCAAGGAAAAGGGGUACUUCUUCUUUGCAAUCGGGAUUUUCUUCACAUUUUGGGGAACAUUUUUCCCGUUCUACUACCUUGCUUCUUUUGCAGUUUCACAAUUGGACAAGCCUCUCACAUACUCAGCUGCAUUGAAUGUCCUUCUCGUUGUCAACGGUGUCGGAAUCAUAGGCCGUUCACUCCCCAACGCCAUCGCACAUCACUUCGGAAGCAUCACGGUCCUCAUACCUGUCGUAUCCAUCUCAUCAAUUUGUCUAUUCACAUGGCCUGCGGUAUCCACAGAAGGGGGCUUGUACGCAUGGGCUAGUGUCUAUGGCAUUGUCGCUGGAGCAUCCAUGAGUUUGUUCCCUCCAGCUCUAUCAGAUUUGACAACAGAUGUGCACAAGACAGGUGUCAGAAUGGGUAUGAUAUUUACGACGAAUAGUAUUGCAACUCUUACUGGGCCGCCUAUUGCCGGCAUGAUUAUUAGACGUUCUGGGGGCCAUUAUCUAGGUGCACAGAUCUUUGCUGGUGCUUCACUCUUUUUGGGUGGGGUGUUAAUCUUUAUGGCUAAGCGCUUCAGGGCGGUGGCAGACCAGAAUCGAGCUACAUGAAUUCAAUGUCAAAGUUGAGAAAUAAAAUAACCGAUGAUCUUUGUCAUGUCAAAGCGAUGAUAAAGAAAGAGUGUCAACACGGAAGAGAAGUAGUUACUUUUAGUAACUAGUCAGGGUUCUUACAGAAUUAAUAGCAACUUUAAACUUCAGUAAUCGAGUUCAUAAUUUGAAGAGUCACG